AUGUCUAGAUUAGACAGGCUUGUCACUUUGCUUGAGACGGGGUCAACUCCCCUCGUCAGAAACACAGCAGCCUCUCAGCUAGCUGACGUUCAAAAGGCCCACCCUGAAGAAGUUUUUAAUCUUUUGGGUCGGGUAAUACCUUAUCUGCGUUCUAAAAAAUGGGAUACUCGUAUGGCGGCCUCUAAGGCCGUUGGUGGUAUUCUAGAACACGCUGAUGUAUGGAAUCCGGACAAGACACAUCCUGUCUUUGAUUCAGUUGAUGAUGUCGUCAAGAAAGAAGAGGAUGACUACGCGUCCACCAUAAAAGCCGAGAAUGGUACCUCCUCUUCUGUCGCCGACAAAGAUCAACUUGAUUUUGAAACCUUUGAUAUCAAAUCCGUGAUAAAAAACGGUACCAAGUUACUCGGUAGUCUGGGGAAAGAAUACGACUAUUCCUUAGCCGAUUUAGACCCUGCGGAGCGUCUACAGCGUCAAAAACAGAAUGUACGGAACACUCUAGGAAUGGCGAGUGAGUAUCUCGAUGAUGAUCUUGUCGAGGAGAAAGACUUCGCAACUUCUGGAGCUCACGGUCUACCUCAGACCCCUCGGAUCGACACCAAUGUCAGCAACUUCCCCAAAUCUAACGCUGUGUUCUCUCCUGUGGUUCAUUCCGCUAUGUCCCCUCGUGAACCUCCUCUUUCAGCUGGACCCCAUAACAGCAAUAGCGACGAAUUAGCAUUAAGCAAGCGCCAGCAGAAUAUGAUGAAGCGAAAGGCAAAGCAGAAUGCUAAGAGUCACGCAAAUAAGGUCAGGGUCGUUGAUCUUUCUACGCCGGCCUACCGACGUCCCAGCUCUGAUCCUCAAAUGCUAGAUGAUCCUACGUCUACCCCACACCCGGUAAAACAGGAACAGGGUACUGAGGGCACACAAGGAGCCGCAGACUAUUUUAGUCUAGAUACACAGACUCCCCAGGAUGAUGGAAAGAUUGUCGUUCAGCAUAAAGGUCCAGCCUUACCUCCGUCUUCCACGGUUCAGGUCGAAGCUGAUGAUACUGUCUGGCCGUUCGAGCGUCUGGCUGAUAUCUUGCUUGUUGACCUCUUCGAUCCUUCGUGGAUAGUCCGUCAUGGUGCCGCUAUGGCGCUUCGGGAUUUAGUCCGAUUUCAUGGUCAUGGUGCUGGCCGUAUCCAAGGAAGAUCACAGAAGUUUAACGAUAAUGCAAACAAACGAUGGCUUGAUAAUAUUGCUUGUCGUAUGUGCUGUAUAUUUGUUCUCGACCGAUUUAGUGACUAUGCUGCGGACAAUGUUGUGGCCCCAGUGCGAGAAGCUGCGUCCCAAGCGCUUGGUGCUCUGCUGAAACAUAUUCCUCAGGGCUCAGUUUACGAAGUUUACAAAAUACUGCGUCGGAUGGUGAUGCAAGAUGAUCUGGAUAUAUCACAAACGAUAUGGGAAAUUUGCCAUGGCGGCAUGUUGGGCCUCAAAUAUCUCGUCGUAGUUCGAAGUGAUUUGUUUGUCGAAGAGCCGGACAUCCUAGAUGGCGUCGUUUCAGCCGUCAUGAAAGGUCUUCGGGAUCAUGACGACGACGUCAGAGCCGAGAGCGCAGCUACCAUGCUCCCUAUUGCUGCAGAAUUCGUAUCAUUGCGUCCUCAUGCCGUUGACGACCUUACAAGUGUUGUUUGGGAGUGUCUCUCGCAUCUGAAAGACGAUCUGACGGCCUCGACUGGGCACGUUAUGGACUUGCUAGCUAAGCUUUGCUCAUUCCCCGAAGUGCUCGAAACUAUGAGAAUGAAAGCAGAAACAGAUCCUUCACAAUCGUUUUCCCUCCUCGUUCCACGUCUCUUCCCCUUUUUACGACACACAAUCACAAGCGUUAGAAGUGCCGUCCUUCGAGCUUUGCUCACUUUUCUAGGCAUCCAGGGGUCCGGUAGCCGGGGAUGGGCUGACGGCAGAGCUUUGAGGCUCAUCUUCCAGAACCUGCUUGUUGAACGAAACGAAGCAGUACUUGAGUUAUCAUUAAACCUAUGGAUUACAGUAGUUCAAGAGUAUGCAAAAGAGGACGCGUAUGCGUUUAGCUCUCAAUUCCGUCCCCAUGUCGACCCAUUGCUCACACUCCUUAUGACCCCAAUUGGUAUCUCUCGCAACCCCUAUCCUAUGGAUAUGUCUCUCUUCAUUAAGCCAUCGGGCCAGACGUUCCUUCAAACAAUGCGGCCGCCUGUAAGGGAAUCUUCCGUCGUUGAGGAGAAACCAGGUCCCGGAAGAGGCCGCGGUCGUAAGAAGAGUACAAAGUUUGAGGAUAUACCUCCAACUCAGGUCCCCUCACACAAUCUUGAUGGUCACAUCAUGCAAGGAGAUGUCGAUUUAGUUGGGCAUGAUAUUAUCAUGAAAACAAAGAUAUCCGGAGCAAAGGCUCUCGGCAAAGCGAUGAGCGUCUGGCCAGCCGAGACAAUGGUAGAAGUGUUCUCUACUACUAUGACAAAUUACCUUCGAUCACCGUACUCGUCAACUCAACUGGUAGCUGCCAUGAUGAUCGAAGAGUAUUGCAAGCAUACCACGUCAGACAACCCCCUCAAAGAGAUAUUCAUGCGCGAAGUUGAAGAUCUUCUCAAUGGAGAGAGGCCUCCGGUGUAUAGAGAUUUGGUUCCGUACAUGAAAAUCGUACGAUCGCAGUGCCAUAACCUCCUCAAUACCUUUAUCAACGUCGGCAAGAUGAAUCCUAGCAAGGCUCCUACCCUUGCUGUCGUUGUUCAAGGUGAGGCAGACGCAGGACCCGAGUCAUUUAGUCUUCUACAUGCCGAAAGAGUCGUUGAAGAAGACUACAAUCGACUCAAGAAGGCUCUACCUUCCGGUCAGCGCAUCCUCGCUACAGAUGCCCUGACAGAUGCCAAGACCCAGGCGCUUUCAGCAAUUGAGGAAGCAAGGAGUGCGAAGGAAGUUAGAGAUAUCCGCAUAAUUGCCGCAGGCGCCGGUGCCAUGAUUGCAGCCCAGAUCCUCCCGAAGAAAUUGAAUCCGGUCAUCAGGGGUGUCAUGGAUAGCGUCAAAUCGGAAGGAAACAUCGACCUGCAGAGGAGGUCGGCCCAUGCGGUUGCUGUACUCGUGGACCUUUGUUCACAACGGGGGCGUGCUGCUGUUGCUGAUAAGCUCACAAAGAACCUAUGCUCAUUCCUCGUUGUCGAUACAUCCGAAACCCCUGAGUUCCAUAUCAAUGAGAGCCUUGAGCUUUCAAUACUGUCCCUCAAGAAGGAGGAAGACAGGAAAGACCAUGCCGACCCCACGAAAUUUGAACGAGAAUCGAAACUUGCUCGUAUCAAAAGACGGGGGGCUAAAGAAGCUCUCGAUCAUUUUGCGCAGGCUUUUGGCAAGGAUUUGUUCGUCAAGGUCCCACGCUUACUCGAAUCUAUGGAACAAUCUCUCGUUGCCGGCUUCAAGGAGGAUCAACUACCAGAAUCGAUCCUCGACAAAGAUAACCUUCUUGGACAAGAGAUUAUUGAUGGCCUCUCCACUAUCCGAGCCCUGCUUCCCAAAUUCCAUCGAGACUUGCAUUCUCAUAUCAUAUCUCUUUUCCCUUACAUCAUAAAGGCUCUCCGUUCAAGGUUUUCCGUUCUCCGAUAUGCAGCUGCGAAGUGUUUCGCCACUAUUUGUAGCAUUAUAACUAUUGACGGGAUGAAAACCAUGGUUACUGAUAUCCUACCCUCGAUAUCAAAUGGCCUUGAAAUAAGAACAAGACAGGGUAUUAUCGAACUAAUAUACCACCUUAUAUCCGCGAUGGAAACAGAUAUUCUCCCAUUCGUCAUUUUCCUUAUCGUUCCCGUUCUUGGGCGAAUGAGCGACUCGGAUAAUGAUAUCCGACGUCUCGCCACCACUGCGUUUGCUACUCUAAUUAAGCUUGUCCCCUUAGAGGCAGGCAUUCCGGAUCCCCCAGGAUUUCCCGAAGAGCUCCUGAAAGGGCGUGAUAAGGAACGAAAAUUUAUCGCCCAGAUGCUUGAUGUUCACAAAGUUGAACCUUUUCAUCUUCCGGUUGCCAUUCAGGCCGAGCUUCGGUCUUACCAACAGGAAGGUGUCAACUGGCUGGCCUUUUUGAAUCGUUACCAUCUACAUGGUAUUCUCUGCGAUGAUAUGGGUCUUGGAAAGACACUCCAAACAAUCUGUAUUGUUUCAAGCGACCAUCACUUGCGUGCUGAAGAUUUUAGCAAAACCCAGAAUCCCGAGUCAAGGCAAAUCCCUUCUUUAAUCGUCUGCCCCUCCACGCUUUCAGGACACUGGCAGCAAGAGAUAAAACAAUAUGCCCCCUUCCUCACCACCUUGGUUUAUGUUGGCAACCCUUCAGAGCGUUCAGAGUUGAGAAACCAGCUCGGCUCAACGGAUAUUGUCAUCACUUCAUACGAUAUCUGCCGAAACGACCUCGAACAUAUUUCAAAACAUGACUGGAAUUAUUGCGUCCUCGAUGAAGGACAUAUCAUCAAGAAUUCAAAGGCAAAACUCAGCCAGGCUGUUAAGAAAAUACGUGCGAACCACCGUUUGAUCCUCUCUGGUACACCUAUCCAAAACAGUGUUCUAGAACUCUGGUCCCUGUUCGAUUUUCUGAUGCCUGGGUUUUUGGGGACUGAAAAGGUCUUUAUGGAUCGUUUCGCGAAACCAAUCGCAAACAGCCGUAAUAGCAAGAGUUCCUCGAAAGAACAGGAAGCUGGUGCCCUCGCUAUCGAGGCUCUUCACAAACAAGUUCUCCCUUUCGUUCUUCGACGUUUGAAGGAAGAAGUUCUUGAUGACCUGCCUCCAAAGAUCAUCCAGAACUACUAUUGCGAGCUCAGCGAACUGCAAAAGCAGCUAUAUCAAGAAUUCUCAAAGAAGCAGAGUAAAGAUCUUCCCGGUACAGGCGACAGUAGCAAGGAACAGAAACAACAUAUCUUCCAGGCUCUCCAGUACAUGCGAAAACUUUGCAAUUCGCCUGCUCUAGUUUUGAACGAGAAACACCCUAAAUACGCCGCUGUUCAAAAACAACUCGCGCAGGAUAACACUUCUAUACGCGAUCCUCUACACGCCCCUAAACUUUCUGCUCUCAAGGAUCUACUAUUAGAUUGUGGAAUAGGCGCAACGGUUUCUGCCAAGGAUGAUGACUUCGCAGUGGCUUCUAACGCUAUCAGCCAACAUCGAGCUCUUAUUUUCUGUCAGCUGAAAGAAAUGUUAGAUAUUGUUGAAAGUGAUGUUUUGAAGAAACUGCUUCCGACAGUGUCAUACUUGAGAAUGGACGGAGCUACCGACCCGAGAUAUCGGCAAGACAUGGUUACGAAGUUCAAUAGUGAUCCUUCGAUUGAUGUUCUUUUGCUUACAACCCAUGUUGGAGGUCUUGGUCUGAACUUAACGGGUGCCGAUACUGUUAUUUUUGUGGAACACGAUUGGAAUCCUCAAAAGGAUAUGCAAGCCAUGGAUCGCGCCCACCGUAUCGGUCAGAAGAAAGUUGUAAACGUCUACAGGCUGAUCACGCGUGGAACGUUGGAGGAGAAGAUCAUGAAUCUCCAACGAUUCAAACUAGAUGUUGCUUCAACGGUCGUCAAUCAACAAAACGCCGGCCUUGCGACCAUGGAAACCGACCAAUUACUUGAUCUGUUCAACUUUGGUGACGCUGAUGUUGGCGAGAAGAAGGAUAAUAGGGACGGAGACGAGGUUAUGGAUAUUGAUGGAAACCCGAUCAAGAAGGGUACGAAGGGUAUCUUGGACGACAUUGGCGAACUUUGGGAUGAGAACCAAUACGACGAGCUGAACUUGGAUAGCUUCAUCGCAACUAUGAAAUCUUAG